UGGUGAAAAUUUGAAAUUUGUUCCCAUCUUCAAUGUCUCCCUUUUCUAUCAAUGGUCCCAUAAAAUGUAAUAAUAGAAUAAUGUCAUUUUCUUCACUACCCUUUUCUAAAACCUAUAAUAAUUGUUACAAUAUUUCUCUUCCUAGAAAACUACAUAUAAAUGUUCAUAUACAUGCCAAUUCUCUUACUUCAUUUUCAUGCAAAAAUUCAAUUCAUGAAAAAUUGCAUUCUAGAAAGAAGAGAGGAUUUUCAAUUAUUUCUUUUGAUGCUAAGAAUUCAGAAGAACCAAUUGAAGAAGAUAAUGAUCAAGCAUUGGAUGCAGUUAUGAAACUUUAUUCAGCUUUUAAGAAUAAAAAUAUCCACGAAUUGUCUGAGAUACUUGCUGAUGAAUGUAGAUGUGUGUGCAAUUUCCUCUCAUUCUUCAAAGCUUUUCAAGGAAAAACGCAAGUGUUGGAAUUCUUUUCUCAUUUGAUACGUUUAUUAGGUGACAACAUUCAAAUUGUGGUGAAACCCAGUCUUCAUGAUGGCAUGAAUGUUGGGGUCCAUUGGAAAUUUGAAUGGAACACUAUACACAUUCCUUUAGGGAAAGGUUUUAGCUUCCACAUAUGCCAAACUUAUCGCGGAAAGGCAGUAAUAAAGAAUAUUGAGAUGUUUAUGGAGCCAUUGCUACUCUUGGAGCCCUUCAUGAGACUGAAAAUGAAGACAAACCUCAAAGAGAUUUUGAAGAUAAGUUCAUUAACAAGAUCAGAAUUUGGGAAUAUGGCAAAAAGAAUUUUAUGUAUUGUGCUUGCUUUGUUCUCUAUGGCAGCCUUAUUAUUAUUCUUUAUGAAAUGAGCUUUAUAGAAAACCUUGUCAGAAAUUAAUCAUGCCAUGGUCAAUUAAUUUGUCAUUUUUAGGUACACCUUUUUUAUGCAAAAAUAAUAUUAUUAAUAGAAGAAAAAAAAAUAGGGAAGAACCAAAAUCAUGUAAAAAGUAAAGCAUAUUUAAAAUCAUA